CCCUCUGAGGACACACAUAUUGAUGGUGAGUGGCAGCUGAGCCUCAGUUUGAGUCCGCCCUUUACUCCCUGUAACAUCUGGAAUGUUUUACUGCUGUGCAGAAGAUGGAGAUCUGCAUAUUUCAAAUGUGCAGUGGCCUGACGGAGGCGAAUAUUACUGCAAUGCUGAGAACCGAGCAGGACGGCAACAGAGACGGACCAUCCUCACUGUCACAGAUCAAGAUCCUCCAACUGAUAGACUGGUUUUAUCUGAUAGCAUCAGCACGAACAAAGAGCUGCCGGUUUACAGGGACUCUUUGACUAAACAUCAUCAGACCACACAUCAUCCAUAUGUAGAGGAGCCACCGCAUGGGAAAACCACAUGCUCCUCUUCGAUCUGUGAGACUACAGCAGAUGCAGCGACCACAUUUUCUCCUCUUCUGGGGGGAGCAGUGGCCGAGCUAACAAUGUCACUGGGAUCACGUCUUUCCCCACAACACCUGAUUCAGCCAUCAACCAAUCCAUCCCAGCUGUUAGCCACACAGAUCCAGCAUCCUGUUUUGACACCUGCUCCACAUCCCAACUUUCAGUCAGUCGACAACCCCACACCAACAGUGACUGAUGCACCAGUAACACUCAACCAUUCAUUGUUAGAUGCCAGAAGCCAGCAGAAAGUAGAAGUUUCGAGUUCAACGCUUCAGUAUCAACUCACUGAAAAUCAAUUCCAUUUGGCUUCAUCACGGACAAACUUUCCCCAUCAAGUCAUCGACGAAGUAUUGACAUCGCCUGAUUCUCCGGUCUCUAAGAUCCAUGCUGGCUCUGUAGCCAGUCAAACCACUGGGCCUGUCGCUGAAACAUCCCUGACUCAAUCACCAUCACAGCUUCCAGUGAGCAGACCACUGGGCUUCCUCAAGUUUGAUUCCUAUCUGCAGACUCCAGCACCGAAUCCUGCAACCCAAACUAUCUCAGGUUCAGUCAUCCAAUCAUCUCAAAGUCAGUCUCAUCGGAUGGGUACAGAAAGUAUAUUUUACCAAUUCGACCAGGAGCCAACCACAACCCUGAUAUCUCGAAUCAAACUGGAAUCCCCAAGUCACCUUCUACAUCCACAGCCCUCACCAGCCCCCUCACAAACACCUCACACUCAUCCUCUGCAAUUCUUUCGUUUUUUACCCAAGUUCCAUCUUGAGCUGCUGACAACCCAACCUCACCUGCUUUCCACCCAACCUCCACCGUCUUCAAUCCCCACACCUCAGACAGACCAGCUUCAAUCUUCAACCAACGAGCCAUAUCCAACCAUUUCUACACUUCCUCAAACCCAACAUCAACCCUCUCCAACACAACAUCCAAAUCCCUCAAUCUCAACCCUUCACCCUCGUGGUCAGACCUCGGGUCCUUCAACUCUGGACACUGAGAUUCCCAUCGUCCCUCAGUUAAACAUAUCCGAUAAGGCACGACUCAAUGUUACUCGGCAAGGUGACCCAACUAAAUCAGCGAACGACACCAAGCUUACAGAGUGGCUGAAGAGGAACACCUCUCAAUCCCCUAUGACCAGUAAUGACGCCAGAGUCACGCAGCAGUCUCCCUCGUGGCUGCCCCUGGUGGAGAAACAUGACAUCCCCAUCGUUGUGGGAGUGGGUGUAUCUUUGGCCUUCAUCUUCAUCACUGUUACCUUCUAUGCAGUGGUCCAGAAGAAUGAAGCGGCACCAGCAAACCGAGCAGCUCCGAGGAACGUGGGUGAACCCGUAGGAGACACUGAACAUCGGGCUGCAGGUCGAACAUAUGAAAACAGAGCUUUCGAAGACGACGACUGUGUGGCAGUGAUCGAGCAGAGCCCCAACACGUCAGACACCCGAGCCCGGCCUCCAGGACCCAGCCUGGUCACGGUGCAGAUGGAGCCCACGUUUGAGGAUCAGGAUCAAGAGGACACGCAACCCACUCUGGACAACCACUCAGUCACCGUGGAGACUUAUCCCGAACCCAUUCUCGACACAAAGAUUGAUCCGGAGGACGAGAAGCGCUACAGUCUGUCCCAGCCCAGCAUCCAGCUGCAGAGCUCUGAGGACUGGACCAGUAACAGAGGAGACGACCUCGGCCUGUGCCAUGACGCCUUGCCUCCUCCGUCCUCCUUACCUUCCCGUUCCCCUUCCCCCUCUCCACCCUCCAGACGCGAGGAGGGCCUGCGCUCCUCCGUGACCCUGCAGAGCGCCGAGCACAGUGUGGCCCCGAUCCACCACAGCCUCAGCGUCUCACAUGGCAACCCGCCCCUGCUCCUGUCCCACCACGUCUCCCUGGGCCUCACUACGGUGGCUGUCGAUGUACAUUUUUACCCAGCGGCCACUGCUUCGACGGCAGGAGGCUCUAGUUCUCACAUCAGCACAGUCUCCACGUCCACUUCAGUGACUGCGCCGCUCGUCAGUCCUCCAUUCGUUAACAGCCGAGAGAGCAACCAAUCCACUGCCAGAUCCCAUAAGUAG